AUGGAUCCAUCCAGCAGUGGAAUUUCUUUCACCUCUAUAUAUAUAGGUCUAGAAAGCAAAACUAAUGUCAUUAUAACAGCUAAGCUUAAAGACCAUAAAACAGUUAAUAUGUUCUAUAAUGCUGCGAUUUCGGCCGGCGGCGUGGAUCAUGGGAAGCCUGGACUGCGCCCACAGUAUCACCCCAACUACUAUAGCACAUUCAAAAAGGAUCCCUAGGGAAACAAUAUUGAGGUGGUAUGCCAUUAUCUAGAGGAGUGAUAAUCAUUAUCACUAAUUAUACUCACUUUUAGCAUAAGAAAUAGUCUAAUUUUGGACGGACUUGAUAUGUACUUUUAACUCCUUAUUCCUAAUUACCAAAGCAGUGAUAAUAUCAUAAAAUAAUGGUGCUAAUCCCACCACUGGA